CUAUUAAUUAUUAUAAUUCACUCUUUCCCAUUACAUAUUAUUCUUGUCUUAAACUCUUCUUUCCUACUCUUUUGUCGUGUUCUAAGAUCCAACAUUUGUUUUCUGUGUUCUUUCGCGCAUUUUUCUUUUCUUUUCUUUUUCAUACUGAUCCAUAUAUAUAUAUCUACCCACAGAAAAAAGUAUAGGUAUAGUUGCAUUAAAAGAUAGUUUCUUGUCAAGUAUAUUCUCCUUCAAUUUUGCUUUCUUUCUUAAUACAGAGAUAGAUCCCAUCUUUAAUCGAUCAUAUAUAGUUGCUUGUCUGGAUAUUAUCCAUAUAGCAAGAACCCUUUUUUUUAAGGAAUAUGCCGAGCAGAUUUAUGAACAAGGGUGGGUUUGAUGAGAUUCAGAGUGGAGAGGAACAACAGAGGUUUUUUGUUGGGAAAAAGGUGGUUGAAGAAAUUAAGGAUUCAUGUAGCUCAGAAGAAUCAUCUUCUAUUGGGAAAAACAGUGAUCUUUCUGACAAUAAUUCAUUGGACAAAUCUGAAGAUUGUGACGAGGUUCAAAGCUCAUAUAAAGGUCCCUUGGAUGCCAUGGAUUCUUUGGAGGAAGUUUUACCUAUAAGGAGAGGAAUCUCGAGAUUCUACAACGGCAAAUCAAAGUCAUUCACAUGUUUAGCAGAUCAAUCUUCGUCUUCAUCAUCAUCGAUAAAAGACAUCACAAAGCCAGACAAUGCAUACGUAAGGAAGCGCAGAAACCUGCUGGCUUGCAACAUUGUCUAUGACAAGACAAGAAGCUCAAGCUCAACUCUUAGAGGCAUUAAUGGCGGUGGCAUAUCGAAGAGGGUCACUGGUUCUGGCAGAACAGCUUUUGCUUUGGCUGUAGCCAUGAAAAACUCCGAAAAUGACGAUAAUAAGCAAUUCGAAGUGGGGUCGUCGUUACCUUCUUCGUUAUCUUCUUCUCCUAGGAAGGAUUUGUCUGCAUGGAGAUCCUUUUCUUUGGCUGAUUUGCAACAAUGUGUUUCUGUUGCUAUUACUUGUUCCAAUUCCAAUGAAUUGGCUACGACGCCGUCUUGACUUAUUAUACAUAUGCUUUGUUUCUUUUCUUGAAUCUGAUUUUUUAGAUUUACUAAUGUGGGAAAUGAUAAUUCGAAGUCGAAGAUUUCUGUCUCAUCAUCAAAACGGAUAUGGCUAUCAUCAGUUCACCUAUUAAUUGGCGAAGAAACUGAGUUUUGAUUCUAGUAUAGUGGGGAAAUAUGGUACUUUCGAUUGGAUGGGCUCUUUUGCAGGAACGCAUACUGGAAAAAUACGAUGCUGCAUUUUGAGCUGAUGAAUGAAUAAUAUUUAGUUUUUAUCUUUU